AUGGCUACUAGUGUAAACAAAAUCACAACGAGAUGCAGUGAAAUCGAUUCGAUGAUGAGUGGGGGAAUAACAAUCGGUGAAGUGACUGAGGUGUGUGGCGAAAAUGCAUCAGGGGACCUUGAAACAUUAAAUGGAAAUCCUUUGGAUUACAUAACUACAAAGCAAGUUGACACUCCUCAUGAAAUACCGGAUGUGCUAGAAUGGACUGUAAAACUUAUUAAAAUGUCUCAAAAUUCAUCAAUGCCAAUCCGCGUUGUUGUUAUUGAUUCAAUAGGUAGUAUGUUCACUGGUCAUUUUGAAAACAAUGUUGUUGGCUCAACCGAAAGAAAGGAUCUUAUACAAGCUAUUGGUUAUGGGUUACGUACAAUUGCCGCAUCCAAUCAUGUUGCCGUUGUUGUGGCUAACAAUGUGAUUGACGUAUUUCCAUCUGAUCACGAUACAACGCAAAAUUUCAUUAUAUCGUCCGGGAGAAUAUAUAUGGCUAUUGAGCAAGGAACACCCAAUUCGGCAAAUUCUUCGCGAGGCAGUUCUUGUAAGGCACAUUAA